AUGUCGGCUGAGACGUUUGAGUUCCAGGCGGAGAUCUCGCAGCUCCUGUCCCUCAUCAUCAACACAGUCUACUCCAACAAGGAGAUCUUCCUGCGAGAAAUCAUCUCCAACUCCUCCGAUGCGCUAGACAAGAUCCGCUAUGAGGCUCUCUCAGACCCAAGCAAGCUCGACUCAGCCAAGGACCUGAGAAUCGACCUGAUCCCAAAUAAGGAGAACAAGACUCUUACCAUCCAGGACACUGGUAUCGGUAUGACCAAGGCUGACCUCGUCAACAACCUCGGAACAAUCGCCCGCUCUGGUACCAAGCAGUUCAUGGAGGCUCUCACCGCAGGUGCUGAUAUCUCCAUGAUUGGCCAGUUCGGUGUCGGUUUCUACUCCGCAUACCUUGUCGCCGACCGCGUGACUGUCAUCUCGAAGCACAACGACGACGAGCAGUACAUCUGGGAGUCCAGCGCUGGUGGCACUUUCAGCAUCGCACAAGACACCGAGGGCGAGCCACUCGGCCGUGGUACCAAGAUCAUCCUCCACCUCAAGGAUGAGCAGACCGACUACCUGAACGAGAGCAAGAUCAAGGAGGUCGUCAAGAAGCACUCCGAGUUCAUCUCCUACCCAAUCUACCUCCACGUCACCAAGGAGACCGAGAAGGAGGUCCCAGACGAGGAUGCUGAGGAGAGCAAGACCGAGGAGGACAGCGACAACAAGCCAAAGGUCGAGGAGGUCGACGAUGAGGAGGAAGAGAAGAAGGAGAAGAAGACCAAGAAGGUCAAGGAGACCAGCAUCGAGGAAGAGGAGCUCAACAAGACCAAGCCGAUCUGGACACGCAACCCACAAGACAUCUCACAGGAGGAGUACGGUGCCUUCUACAAGUCGCUCUCCAACGACUGGGAAGACCACCUCGCUGUCAAGCACUUCUCUGUGGAGGGUCAGCUCGAGUUCCGCGCCAUCCUCUUUGUGCCAAAGCGUGCACCAUUCGACCUCUUCGAGACCAAGAAGACCAAGAACAACAUCAAGCUCUACGUGCGCCGUGUCUUCAUCACCGACGAUGCCACCGACCUCAUCCCAGAGUGGCUCUCCUUCGUCAAGGGUGUUGUCGACUCUGAGGAUCUCCCUCUCAAUCUGUCCCGCGAGACUCUGCAGCAGAACAAGAUCAUGAAGGUCAUCAAGAAGAACAUCGUCAAGAAGACUCUCGAGCUGUUCAACGAGAUCGCCGAGGACAAGGAGCAGUUCGACAAGUUCUACACUGCCUUUAGCAAGAACCUCAAGCUCGGUAUCCACGAGGACAGCCAGAACCGCUCUUCGCUCGCCAAGCUCCUCCGAUACAACUCAAGCAAGUCUCCAGAGGAGCUCACCUCCCUCGCCGACUACAUCACCCGCAUGCCAGAGCACCAGAAGCAAAUGUACUACAUCACCGGCGAGUCCAAGGCCGCCGUCGAGAAGUCGCCAUUCCUUGACGCACUCAAGGCCAAGGGCUUCGAGGUCCUCUUCCUUGUCGACCCAAUUGACGAGUACGCUUUCACCCAGCUCAAGGAGUACGAGGGCAAGAAGCUUGUUGACAUCACCAAGGACUUCGAGCUCGAGGAGACUGAGGAUGAGAAGAAGCAGCGUGAAGAGGAAGAGAAGGAGUACGAGUCGCUUGCCAAGUCGCUCAAGAAUGUCCUCGGCGACAAGGUUGAGAAGGUCGUUGUCAGCCACAAGCUCGUCGGCGCACCUUGCGCUAUCCGUACCGGCCAAUUCGGCUGGUCUGCCAACAUGGAGCGUAUCAUGAAGGCUCAGGCUCUCCGUGACACCAGUAUGUCCAGCUACAUGAGCAGCAAGAAGACCUUCGAGAUCUCACCCAAGAGCCCAAUCAUCAAGGAGCUGAGAAAGAAGGUCGAGAGCGAUGGCGAGAGCGACCGCACCGUCAAGAGCAUCACCACUCUGCUCUACGAGACCUCGCUGCUUGUGUCUGGCUUCACCAUUGACCAGCCAGCCGACUUCGCUGAGCGCAUCCACAAGCUCGUCUCUCUCGGCCUGAACGUCGACGAGGAUGCCGAGACUGAGGCAGAGGCUGCCGCACCAGAUGCCGCACCAGCAGAGGCUGCCGGCGAGUCUGCCAUGGAGGAGGUCGACUAA